CCUACUCCUCAGUCAACAAUGCCUCCUGAAGACCGCUUAGGUCUUCGCUUAGCCAAUCAGAUUGAACUCAAAAGUGUGUUGGGCAAUGAUAGUCUGGCUAAUUCGAUAUAUACCGGUAUAGAUAUUCAAACCAAAAGUGUCUACGCUGUGAAAGCUUUUUCGAAAAUCAGUUCUGAUCGCAACGGGCAACGAGAGUUGAGGCUUCACCAUAUAGCCAGUGAGCAUCGCAAUGUUCUUCAAUUGGUCCGUAUCAUAGACGCGCCUGAUUGCAUGUACUCUGUCAUGGAAUUUUCCCCAGAGGGCGACCUGUUUGACAACAUUACCGCGAAGAGCAUGUAUAGUGGAGAUGAUUCCUUGAUCAAAAAAGCUUUUAUCCAGAUUCUGAAUGCUGUUCGCUUUUGCCACGCUCAUAAAAUUUACCAUUUUAAUAUCCAACCAGAGAGCAUCUUGGUCGCCAAUCAAGGAAAGACCCUCAAGUUAUCCAGCUUUGAAUUCGCGACGACAGACUAUUUUUCGACCGCAUUCAACUAUAAGCGCAAUUUCUACGUAUCCCCAGAAUCUCUACGGACAGACCAGGGACCAGACGCAUGUUAUUUCUCAGCCCCUCAUGAUGUCUGGAGCCUUGGUGUCGUCCUCAUCAACUUGAUUUGUGGCCGCAACCCGUGGAAACUGGCAUCCGUGGAGGAUGCCACGUAUAAGGCCUACUUAGAGGGCCCUGGGUUUCUGAGAACGAUACUGCCGCUAUCCAACGAUAUUAUGCGCUUCUUAAACCGCGUCUUUGAAAGCGAUGCCAGUAAAAGAAUCGGUAUCCUAGAGCUUCGAGACUGGGUUUAUAGAUGCCCUUGUUUCACCGUGGAGCCU